AUGAUGCUUCUCUAUCUUUUCCUCCCACUGCAACUCCUAGCUCUCAUGUUUUUUCCCCACCUUGCUCUGUCCUUCACGGCCAUCAUGUCAGAUUCCGGCGUGCCUUCAUCUCUUGUAGAUGGCCCUCAGACUGGGUUCUCCAUGAGGCAGGACGGCGCUCGAACCGACUCUCACGAGCAAGAAGCAGUCUACGACAUCAUGCGAGCCACCGGCAACGACUGGGCCACCGACAUCCCCGACGUCUGUCGCGGCCGGUGGCACGGCAUUGAGUGCAUGCCCGACAACGACAAUGUCUAUCAUGUUGUGUCGCUCUCCUUCGGAGCUCUCUCUGACGACACUGCUUUCCCCACAUGCGACCCGACCCGGUCUUACAUUUCGCGGUCCGUCACCAAACUGCCCCAUCUCAAGACCCUUUUCUUCUACCGUUGUUUCAGUUACAAUCCUCAGCCAAUCCCUACGUUUCUCGGCAAGCUGGGCCCCACGCUACAAACAUUAGUCCUCAGAGAAAACGCCCACGUGGGGCCCAUCCCAAACGAACUAGGCAGCCUCACCCGUUUGAGAGUCCUGGAUCUUCACAACAACAACCUCAACGGGUCAAUACCGUUGUCACUGAACCGGAUCACGGGUUUAAGGUCGCUAGACUUAAGCGGCAACAAAUUAUCCGGGCCCAUUCCCAAUUUAACGUUCCCAGCACUAAACAUACUAGACCUGGGCCAGAAUCUUCUGACUGGCCCAAUACCAUCCACCUUAGGAACCUGCCUUUCUCUAAUCAAAUUGGAUCUCAGCCACAAUCAUCUCACCGGACCGGUGCCGGAGAAAAUCUCCGGGCUAAAAGAGCUCAUGUUAAUGGACCUGAGCUACAACAAACUCUGCAGCCCAUUCCCAAAAUCCCUCAAAAGCCUGAGUUCUCUGCAGGCCCUGAUUCUCAAAGGGAACCCAAUGGGCCCAGGCCCAACAAUAAUACCCACCGACGGGUUCACAGGUUUGACGAAUCUAAUGACCCUGAUACUAUCCAACAUGAACUUACACGGCCCAAUACCAGAAUCCCUGGGCAAAUUACCAAACCUUCGUGUGGUUCAUCUUGACGGGAAUUUCCUAAACGGGUCGGUCCCAAAAAGCUUCAAGGACCUGAAGAACCUGAGUGAACUGAGACUGAAUGAUAAUAAACUAAGUGGGUCAGUCCCAUUUAGCAGAGAAAUGGUGUGGAGGAUGAAGAAGAAGCUGAGACUGUAUAAUAAUUCUGGGCUGUGUUAUGCAGAGAAAAGUGGGUUCAGUACAUUUAAUAACUACGACAUUGAAUUGUGUGAUGGGAGCUCAAAUGGUGGUUCAUCAGAAGGAUCACUGGGAACAGUGCAGCAUUAUUAUCUUCCUGUGACUCAUAAGUCUGAGCCAAACACCACAAAUGUUGUUUCAUCGGAUGCUGUUCUUGUUGUUGCAGUUACAACAAGGUUGUUGGGGCUGACUUCACUGCUUCUCUUUGGUUUGAUUUUAUUGUAAGCAAUGAAAAGAUUUAAGAU